AGGGGUAGGAGGGGGCAGGGCCGGCCGGAGCCCUCCUGGGCUUCUGCAGGGUGAAGGGGCAGACCGGGGGUGCCCGGCUCGAUAACGGGGAGAAACGUUCCCGUGGAAGGUGGAGCAGGUUCCUGAGAAGGCUGUGAAACCUCCAUGCUCAGAGGCGCUCACAGCUUGGCUGGGCAAGGGCUAGGCACUUACACCAAUUCAGUUUUUCGGUUUUAAUUGUGCAGAACGAAGUACCAUGAAGUUAUAGUAAACAUAAUUCAUAGUGUCAAAGGAUACCAUUCAAAGACAAUCCGUUUUCUGAAUGUCGCUUUUGACAGUUCUGGAGAUUCUCUACUCGCUGGAGACCACCAAGGCAAUAUAUAUGUUUUUGACUUGAAUGGAAACAGGUUCAACCUUGUUCAGCGGACAAUGCAGGCUUGCACUGCUUUGGCAUUCAAUCUUCGCAGAAAGACAGAAUUCCUGGUGGCUUUGGCAGAUUAUUCCAUUAAGUGCUUUGAUACAGAAACCAAGGAGCUAGUUAGUUGGAUGAGGGGACAUGAUUCUUCAGUGUCUUCCAUCUCUGUCCAUGGCUCGGGCAGGUAUGCCAUCACUACAUCCAGUGAUACAGCACAACUGUGGGACUUGGACACCUUUCAGAGAAAAAGGAAGCUGAAUGUUCGUCAGUCUGUGGGUAUACAGAAGGUUUUUUUUCUUCCAUUGAGUAACACCAUCCUCAGCUGUUUCAAAGAUAAUUCUGUUUUUGCAUGGGAAUUCGAUACGCUUCACUGUAAAUACCAGUUGCCAACUCCUGUAGAAGGUUCUGUAUUACUUUAUAAGGUCUUUGCAGUAACCAGAGAUGGCCGGAUUUUUGUAGCUGGUGGAAAAUCGAAUCAUCUUCACUUAUGGUGUUUACAGUCAAAGCAGUUGAUAAGAAUAAUCCAGAUGCCUGCAAAAGUACGAGCUGUCCGUCAUCUGGAAUUCCUCCCUAACGGUUUUGAUGGGGGCUCCAAUCAGGUCCUUGGAGUAUUAAGUCAAGAUAAUAUAAUGAGAUUUAUCAAUAUAGAAACAUGCAAACUUCUUUUUGACAUUGGGAGUCAUGAAGAGGGAAUUAGUACAGCAGCGAUUAGCCCCAAUGGACGGUAUAUUGCAUCAGUAAUGGAAAAUGGUAGCCUUAAUCUGUACAGUGUCCAAGCUUUGACUCAAGAAGAAAAUAAGCCUCCACCACCUGUGUUCAAAGUUGUAAAAGAUUGGUCCAAGUGCACGUCCGAGGCAAAUAAACAGACAAUGAGAGUCACUUCAGGAAGGUCAGAGUGGCUUUGGAAAUCCAAAAGAAGCAAAAUUCAAACCAGAUUGCUAAAGCUGCAAGUGAACACAUCACUUGAAAACAAAGAGAACGAAUUGCCAGGUGGAUUAAACAAGAAACGUCUGCAGGCUUUAUUGAAAGGAUUUGGAGAAUAUCCAGCAAAGUACAGGAUGUUUGUUUGGCGUUCCUUAUUACAACUUCCUGAAAAUCACUUAGCAUUCAGUAGCCUAAUAGAUAAGGGUACCCACAGUGCUUUUGUGACUAUUCAGAAUGAGUAUCCCAUCAAAAGUAGAAAACUGCUGAGAGUUUUACAGAGGACCUUAUCAGCUCUAGCUCACUGGUCUGCUAUCUUUGCUGAGACGCCUUAUAUUCCUUUGCUAGCAUUCCCAUUUGUAAAAUUAUUCCAGAACAACCAGCUGAUCUGCUUUGAAGUUGUUGCUACAGUAGUAGUUAAUUUUUGUCAGCACUGGUUUGAGUAUUUUCCCAAUCCUCCAGUUAAUAUCCUUAGUAUGAUGGAAAACGUUUUGGCACAUCAUGACAAAGAACUACUUCAGCAUUUAAUAAAAUACAGUGUGACUUCACAGGUUUAUGCAUGGCCUCUUCUAGAAACACUGUUCUCUGAGGUUCUAACAAGAGAAGAAUGGCUGAAAGUCUUUGACAAUAUUUUCUCCAACCAUCCUUCAUACUUUCUAAUGAUUGCUGUUGCCUAUAUUAUAUGUUCCAGAGCUCCCUUGCUUCACUGUAAUCAAACAGCGGAUUUUGAGUAUUUCUUUCAUCAUCGUAACAACCUGGACAUUAAUGUUGUGAUUAAGGAAGCUUAUCAUCUUAUGGAGGCUACACCACUAGAUAUCCAUCCACAACGUAUGCUUGAUGACUUCAUACCACUUACAAAAGGACAGUACCCUGUAUUUAAUAAAUAUCCCAAGUUCAUUGUGGAUUAUCAAACUCAGGAACGGGAGAGGAUCAGACAGGAUGAAAUUGAAUACUUACGAGAAAGACAAUUAGCACAUGAAUUAGAAGCUAAAGCACAGGAACGGAAAGCAGAAGAUGAAGCCUGGUAUCGAAAGCAAGAAUUACUUCGAGAAGCUGAAGAACAGAGGCGAAAAAAGCUACUGGAAGAAGAAGAGAAGCUGGCAGAACAGAAGCAGAGACUAGCAGCUGUGAAAAGAGAACUGAAAGUAAAGGAACUACAAUUUCUAGAUGCUUCAAGAAGGCGUUUUCUGAAAUACCAGCAAGAUCAGCGUCAAAUGGAACUGAAACGUCUUGAUGAUGAAAUUAUGAGAAAGGCAUCCAUGAGAGAGCAGGAAACAGCUGCUACUGUUCAGGAUGUUGAAGUACAACGGAUGGAACUUGAGUCACAAAGGCAGCUUUUCGAACAGCAUCUAAUCAAAGAUCAAGAGGCAGUUACAAAGGAGAUCAAAGAAGAGAUGGAUACCUGUCGAAGAAAGGUGGAUCUGGAAGAUCAUCUUGUUCAGAGAUUGAUGGAAAUAGAGAGAGAAGAAAAAGAGAAAGCUCAGAGAGUGGCUGAAGAAAAUUUAGCCAAAGCAGAGCAGAAACGCAUUGACACUGACUGGAGGUUGGAAGUGUUGCAUAAACUAAGGCGAGAUGAUCAGGACCGUGAGAAGCGUUACCAAGAGAUAGCCAAGCUCCUGCAUGACAACAGGGUGAAAGAAGCUGAACUGCUGAAGGCCAUGAGGGAAGCAGAAGAAAAAAAGUGGGAAGAAGUUACACAGAAGAAAGCUCAGCUGGAAGAAGAGCAGAAGGCUGCUGCUGCUGCAGAUAAACACAGGAAGCAGUUUCUAGAAGACAAAAUGAAUGAGGCAUUAGAAUUGGCUGAAAAGCUGCAAAGAGAAGAUGGCUAUUUUGGUGAGCAUAUAGAGAGACUGCGUGAUUUAAAGGCCAGACAUACAGAGAGAGGGGUAGAACUCCAGCAGGUGCCGAGGUCUGGAAACAUCUGUCUGAAUGAUUUGUCUGCAUCAGAGUCAUCAUCAUACAUGUCUUUGGACAGAAGACAAGAACUGGCGUGCCAAGAACGGGAACUGAUGGCAGAAGUCAGGCAGCUCAGACAAAAGCUAACCUCACAGGCUUGGACUAGACAUCCUCCCACUUGUUUCCAAGCUACAACGUGGACACCUUGAGAUGGUUUGCUCUGGACUUCAGCUGUACUUUCAAAAUAUAAUCAGUGAAAUACUAGAUAUGUAUAAUGUGAUUAAGGACUGAUCCUAGUUUCUUUAUUAUAAAAGUCUUUAGAAAUAUUUUUAUAUAAAAAUAUUAGUUAGAAAAGUGUGUGUAGUUUGUAACUUUCUCAUUAUUCUCUCAGUAACUAUAACGCUAUUUUUACUUCUAUAAAAUAAACUCACUUUUUACCACUUGCAGUAUUUCUAUACUUUGUUCUGGUGGAUGCCAUGACUUGAAGAAAUCAACUACUCUUAAAACGUUGGUUUUGUCAGUGCUGUGUAAGUGGAUUCUAGAGGUUGCAGCAGGGAAAUUUGCAUCAUUCCUUUUCAAAGGAAAACGCAACAGGCAAAGAUCACCUCUGGGAGGCAGGAGGAGUAGAUGAGAAAAUUGCCUUUUCCUGAUGAUUGUCUUUGAGUUUGCAUCU